CUGGCCGGGCCGGUUCUUGCGGUGGCACCGGGCGUGGGUGUGGGUUUUGUUUUCGCGUGGAAGAGCGGCGUGGGGCGGCGGGUCCGAGUUCGGAGCAGUUCGGAGCAGUUCGGAGAUGGCGGAGAGCAGUCGGCUGUGUUCGGUUUGGGUCGGAUCCGAAACCGGAAUUCUGAAGGGAGUGGACCUGGCUAAGAAGCAGGCGUUUAACUACAGUGAUCUCUCCACGCUGAGCAGAGACCAGGAGGUCACCGCCCUCUGCUGGGGGGAUGACUUUGAGUCAGAGGUGCUGGUGGGCUCUGUAAACAGGACAGUGAAGACUUUCAGCACUGAGAAGAGCCGCUUCACUGAAUUCAGACACUGUCCCGGGGGAGAGGGGCCCUUCAGGGGGCUGGCGGUGUGGAACAGCUCUCUGAUCACCUGUGUGGAGUCUGGUUUGUUGAAAGUCUGGAAGGAGGGAUCACUAGACAGUGUUGAGAUUCCCGUGGGCCCCGACGUGUAUAGGAUGCGUCAGAGCCCGUCGCAGUGCCACCGUGUGGCCACCGGGGGGAAGGCGAACGACUUGAAGAUCUGGGACCUGCAGCGACCGGAGGAGCCCGUGUUCCGAGCGAAAAACGUUCGUAACGACUGGCUGGACCUACAGGUCCCUGUGUGGAUUCGGGACGUGCAGUUCAUCCCUGGGUCAGACAAGGUCGUGACCUGCACAGGGUACCAUCAGGUUCGUGUGUACGACCCCGCCUCCCCACAGAGACGCCCCGUCCUGGAGGUGGAGUACGAGGAAUACCCCCUCACUGCCCUGUCACUCACGGCCGACGCAAAUUCUGUAGUCGUUGGAAACACACACGGGCAGGUCGCCAUCAUUGAUCUUAGACAAGGUCGGUUGCUAAGGUGUUUGAAGGGUUUUGCUGGCAGUGUUCUCUCUCUGCAGUGUCACUCGUCGCUCCCCCUGGUGGCCUCCUGUGGUCUCGACAGGUUCCUGCGGGUUCACAACACCCAGGACCGGCAGCUCCAGCACAAGGUGUAUCUCAAAUCCAGGCUCAACUGCCUGCUGUUCUCAAGCCAGGACAAGCUGCAGGCUGACGGAGAGACGGCGCUCCAGGACGGAGUGAAGGAGGAAGAUGUGGAGGAGGAGGAGGAUGAGGUUUGGGCCGACAUGCCCACCGUGACGGACAGAGCUGGGGGGGGCAAGAGGAGGAACGAGAGCGAGGGGGAACCGCAGCGCGGCGCAGCCCCCAGGAGAACGGGGAAGACAAAUAGCGCGACACAGGCCAAGAAAACCAAGGGGAACACAACUGGUGUGACACAGGGCAAGAAAACUAAAAGGAAACUCAGAGCCAGCUCUUGAGAGACCAGAAUCCCUCCAGGGAGGGAAAUAAGACUUCCGCUGCACAGCAGUGUGAUCCAGUCCUGCUUUCACUAGGAGUUUAAUAAUGAGACUCC